AUGACGACCUGGUCAUUAGGGCCCGGUUGUCGUGGAGACGUUGCGGAGCCUCCGGACCCAGAGGGAGGAGACCAGGAGGAGACCGAGGACACAGAGGGAGGAGACCAGGAGGAGACCCAGGACACAGAGGGAGGAGACCAGGAGGAGACCGAGGACACAGAGGGAGGAGACCAGGAGGAGACCCAGGACACAGAGGGAGGAGACCAGGAGGAGACCCAGGACACAGAGGGAGGAGACCAGGAGGAGUCCCAGGACACAGAGGGAGGAGACCAGGAGGAGACCCAGGACACAGAGGGAGGAGACCAGGAGGAGACCGAGGACACAGAGGGAGGAGACAGGAGGAGACCCAGGACACAGAGGGAGGAGACCCAGGACACAGAGGGAGGAGACCAGGAGGAGACCCAGGACACAGAGGGAGGAGACCAGGAGGAGACCCAGGACCCAGAGGGAGGAGACCAGGAGGAGACCCAGGACACAGAGGGAGGAGACCAGGAGGAGCCCCAGGACACAGAGGGAGGAGACCAGGAGGAGCCCCAGGACACAGAGGGAGGAGACCAGGAGGAGACCAGGAGGAGUCCCAGGACACAGAGGGAGGAGACCAUGAGGAGACCCAGGACACAGAGGGAGGAGACCAGGAGGAGACCCAGGACACAGAGGGAGGAGACCAGGAGGAGACCCAGGUCACAGAGGGAGGAGACCAGGAGGAGACCCAGGACACAGAGGGAGGAGACCAGGAGGAGACCCAGGACACAGAGGGAGGAGACCAGGAGGAGACCCAGGACCCAGAGGGAGGAGACCAGGAGGAGUCCCAGGACACAGAGGGAGGAGACCAGGAGGAGACCCAGGACACAGAGGGAGGAGACCCAGGACACAGAGGGAGGAGACCAGGAGGAGACCCAGGACACAGAGGAAGGAGACCAGGAGGAGACCGAGGACACAGAGGGAGGAGACCAGGAGGAGACCGAGGACACAGAGGGAGGAGACCAGGAGGAGACCGAGGACACAGAGGGAGGAAACCAGGAGGAGUCCCAGGACACAGAGGGAGGAGACCAGGAGGAGACCCAGGACACAGAGGAGGAGACCAGGAGGAGACCCAGGACACAGAGGGAGGAGACCAGGAGGAGACCGAGGACACAGAGGGAGGAAACCAGGAGGAGUCCCAGGACACAGAGGGAGGAGACCAGGAGGAGACCCAGGACACAGAGGGAGGAGACCAGGAGGAGCCCCAGGACACAGAGGGAGGAGACCAGGAGGAGAUCCAGGACACAGAGGGAGGAGACCAGGAGGAGACCGAGGACACAGAGGGAGGAAACCAGGAGGAGACCGAGGACACAGAGGGAGGAGACCAGGAGGAGACCCAGGACACAGAGGGAGGAGACCAGGAGGAGACCCAGGACACAGAGGGAGGAGACCAGGAGGAGACCCAGGACCCAGAGGGAGGAGACCGAGGACACAGACCGAGGACACAGAGGGAGGAGACAGGAGGAGACCCAGGACACAGAGGGAGGAGACCAGGAGGAGCCCCAGGACACAGAGGGAGGAGACCAGGAGGAGACCCAGGACACAGAGGGAGAAGACCAGGAGGAGCCCCAGGACACAGAGGGAGGAGACCAGGAGGAGACCCAGGACACAGAGGGAGGAGACCAGGAGGAGACCCAGGACACAGAGGGAGGAGACCAGGAGGAGACCCAGGACACAGAGGGAGAAGACCAGGAGGAGCCCCAGGACACAGAGGGAGGAGACCAGGAGGAGACCCAGGACACAGAGGGAGGAGACCAGGAGGAGACCCAGGACCCAGAGGGAGGAGACCAGGAGGAGCCCCAGGACACAGAGGGACUAUAUCUAUGUAUCCUGGGAACACCUCAGGAUUCCCCCAGAUGA